AUGGCGAACUGUCGACGUAGAGUACCCGACGUCAACGUGGCUCCCACGGAGCGUGACUUUCGUGAUGUCGAGAUGGAUGAGUUGAGGAGGCAAGUGCAACAACUCCAACAGCAACUUGAGCGUCUCCAAGCUGGAAACAGUGACGAGUCACGUCAUGGUUCGGAUGUUGGCGAGGUUGGGGAGGUUAACCCUUUCCAUGACGAAGAUUCUGAUUUGUCUACCGAAAGGGCUUCUUCUCGAUUUGGCCGGAGGAAUCGUUUUGAGGAUUAUGGCAUCAAAGUCGACAUUCCCGACUUUGAAGGUCAAAUGCACCCAGAAGAUUUCAUUGAUUGGUUGGCUACCGUUGAACGAGUCUUCGACUUCAAGAACAUUUUCGAAGAAAAGAAGGUGAAGUUAGUCGCCAUCAAAUUGAAAAAACAUGCUUCAGUUUGGUGGGAGAACUUGAAGAGGCGUCGAGAACGUGAAGGAAAACGGAGGAUUGUGACGUACGAAAAGAUGAAAUGGGAGCUCAAGAAAAAGUUUCUUCCCGCGAGAUACAAGCAAGAUAUUUUCUCUCUACUCUACAACUUCAAGCAAGAGGAGUUGACCGUAGAGGAAUACACCGCGGAGUUUGAGCAUCUCAUGAUGAAGUGCAAUAUCGUGGAGCCUGAGGAACAAACCAUUGCUCGGUACCUUGGUGGUCUUCGAUUCGAGAUUCGUAACGUGGUCCAAUUGCAACCUUAUUGGACUUUCGAGGAUGUUUGCAAGCUGGUUGUUCAUGUGGAGAAGCAAUCUAAGGAGAAGAGUACUCAUAAGACCUUGGGACGAGACGGGGUCUCUAACCGGGGGAGUGCUCCGACUCCGAAGUCAUCAUCGACUGGUAAGGCUUCUUCUUCCAAGGCUACACCCGCACAAGGUGGCACUUCUCGCAACACUUCAAGCACGAUAUCAAAACAAGACUUUAAGUGUCGAGGAUUUGGUCACAUCACUUCUGAGUGCCCGAAUCAAAAGAUUAUUUCCUUAGUGGAGGAAGCUAAUGAUGAGCCGGUGUACGACACUUACGACGAGGAGGAGAAUGAGGUUGAGCAAGAAGAGGUCACUUAUGGUGAUCAAGGGGAGGCUCUCGUCGUUCAGCGCAUCUUGAAGUCUGCACAUGUUGCGGAUGAUAAGUGGUUGCGGCAUAACAUCUUCCACACCCGGUGCACUUCCCAUGGCAAAGUGUGCACGGUCAUUAUCGAUAGUGGGAGUUGUGAGAAUGUCGUUUCCACUACCAUGGUGGAAAAGUUGCACCUCAAGGUGGAGCCUCAUCUAGAUCUGUACAAGCUCUCUUGGCUUAAGAAAGGUAACAACGUUCAUGUCAAUAAACGUUGCUUGGAAUGUGUCAAGAUUAUUCUAGCACCUUGUAGAAUGGAGGACAAGUCUAAGGCCGUCAUGGGAGGAGGGAGCUCUUAUCUCUCCAAAUCUCAAUUUCUCCAAGUCAUGGAUCGUUCUUUGGAGGCUUAUGCACUCGUGCUCUCGGAGGAGAAUGAAGAACGAGAGGAUAUUUCACCCGUAGUGAAGUCUUUGCUCGAAGAAUUUCGGGAUGUAGUGCCCGAUGAGAUUCUGUCGGGACUUCCUCCCAUGCGGGAUAUCCAACAUCAUAUUGAUUUGGUACCCGGGGCUGCUAUCCCAAGUAAGGCGGUGUAUCAAAUGAGUCCAAAGGAACAUAAGGAGCUUCAACGCCAAGUCGACGAACUUUUGCAUAAGGGAUUGAUUCGAGAAAGUUUGAGCCCUUGUGCGGUUCCCGCUCUUCUUGUGCCAAAGAAGGAUGGAUCUUGGAGGAUGUGCAUUGAUAGUCGGGCUGUGAACAAGAUCACCAUCAAGUAUCGCUUUCCAAUACCGCGACUUGAUGAUUUGCUUGAUCAACUUCAUGGAGCUUCGAUCUUUUCCAAAAUCGACCUUAGGAGCGGAUAUCAUCAAAUUCGAAUGCGUCCCGGAGACGAGUGA